UUCCUCCCUCCGGUCCUUCCUAGGCGUCCAGAGGCGGAAUUAAAAGGUGUCUACCGCGAGCUUUGGUACGGAACGUGAAUGCGAUGUUGUGUUCGGGCUGGGUUUGGGGAGCUGCUGUAGCCUUUGUAAUUGGGUUGCACAUCUCUGCCUGACAGUGCAAUUGCUAAAGGCCAUUGCAGAACUGCCCUGGAGGGAAGGAGAGCCUUCGAUGUGGAAUUACAGUGGUUCUGAGUUUAGACUCCUCUAGUUCUCUACACUUCAUACAGCAAAGAGCUCGGCAUUGCGUCAGAAUUUGUAACUUUAGGGACAGUGACCACCGCUUACGUUGUGCAUUUGAAAACAUUUGGGCUAUCCGAUGAUUAUGGCAUCAAGAAACAUCUGGUGUGUGAGAAGGAACUUUCUCUUUGAUUUAAGGGGCUGGAUGCUCCAAGAUUCAGCAGACGUUUUCCUCAAGUCUGUUUCAUUCAGGCCGUUUAGUGUGGAACGAGACAGUAAAGAGAAGGAGUCUUUGGAGAACGAGGACCUGCUGAACAACUUACUCUCCAUGGGAGUCGAUAUCGACCAGGCAAGGAGACGGCAGCCUGGAGUUUUUAACAGGGCCGUUACAAACGAGCAGGAGCUGAAGAUAUUCCUUCUAUCCAAAGGAGCCAGUGACAAAGUGAUUGGAAGCAUCAUAUCAAGAUAUCCACGAGCCAUAACACGCACUCCUGAAAGUCUUUCAAAACGGUGGGAUCUGUGGAGAAAGAUUAUGGCAUCAGACCUUGAAGUUGUAAAUAUUUUGGAGCGUUCUCCUGAAUCCUUUUUUCGAUCUAAUAACAACAAAAACUUAGAGAAUAAUAUAAAGUUUCUCUGCUCUGUUGGAUUGACUCACAAAUGCCUCUGCCGACUGUUGACCAAUGCUCCCAGAACCUUCUCCAACAGUCUGAAAUUGAAUAAACAAAUGGUUGAGUUUUUGCAGGAGACUGGUAAAUCCUUAGGUCACAACAAUCCCACAGAUUUUGUCAGGAAGAUAAUUUCUAAAAAUCCUUCCAUCUUAAUUCAGAGCACCAAACGAGUGAAAACUAACAUUGAAUUUUUACAGUCAACUUUCAACUUAAACAAAGAGGACCUGCUGCUUCUGAUAUGUGGCCCAGGAGCUAGGAUCUUAGACCUUUCCAACGACUGUACCAAAAAAAACUACUCAAACAUCAGAGAGAGGCUGCUCUCUCUCGGAUGCACUGAGGAGGAGGUGCACAGGUUUGUCCUAAGCUAUCUGAAUAUGAUCUUCUUGUCAGAGAAAAAGUUUAAUGAUAAAAUAGACUGCCUUAUAGAAGAAAAAAUCAGUACUUCACAAAUAAUUGAAAAUCCGAGGGUGUUAGACUACAGCAUAAAUACUUUAAAAACUCGCAUCAGAGAGUUGUCACAUGCUGGGUAUGACUUGAGCACAUCCAGCAUUGCUCUGCUGUCCUGGAGUCAGAAAAGAUAUGAAGCUAAACUGAAGAGAUUAGGUGGAUAGGACUGUGGGGGAGGAGCCGCAGGGAAUCGUACAAGUCUGGCACUGGUUCCAGUUUGGACUUUUUUUUUUUUUUUUAAUAUUUAUUUAUUUAUUAUAUGUAAGUACACUGUAGCUGUCUCCAGACACUCCAGAAGAGGGCAUCAGAUCUCAUUACAGAUGGUUGUGAGCCACCAUGUGGUUGCUGGGAUUUGAACUCAGGACUUUUGGAAGAAGAGUCAGUGCUCUUAACCGCUGAGCCAUCUCUCCAGCCCCCAGUUUGGACUUUUCAAACAGGAGAGAUUUUUUGUUUGUCUAUCUCUUUUAAAAAAAAAUUUUUUUUUUGUUUUUUUGGAUUUGGUUUCAAGACAGGAUUUCUCUGUAUAGCUCUGGCUGUCCUAGAACUCACUCUGUAGACCAGGCUGGCCUCUAACUCAGAAAUCCACCUGCCUCUGCCUCCCAGAUUGCUGGGAUUACAGGCGUGCGACACCACUGCCCAGCUUGUUUUAAUAAUUUUUUAAUUUAUUUUUUUUAAAAUAAAAAUUUGAAAAUA